CCCCAAAUCCUUCUCCCCCCAAGUCUCCAACCACGCCGCCGCCGCCGCCGCGUCCCACACCUCCCGCCAUGGCGAAGUCGUCGUCGGCGACGGCGUCCGCAUCUGCCACUAGGAAGUGGUGUUCCAGAGGUGGGACUCUAACCCUAGAAGAGGUGAAGACGCUGGGCCGCGAGCUCCUCUCCUCGCGCGCCCACCUCAACCACGCCCCCUCCCUCCUCGCGCUCCUCUCCCCCUCCGCGCCGCUCGACCUCGCCCUCGAGGCGCUCAUCUCGCUCCAGUCCUUCUUCGUCCCGCUCGUCCCCUCUAUUCCCUCCGUCUCUGCGGCAGCCACCGCAGGGGAUGCGGGCAGCGACCCCGAGCUCGUGUUCGGGGCCUGGCUGCGUCAGCGGUUUGACGAGCUCGUUGCCGCGCUGGUCGAGCUAAGCGUGUCGCCGCACAGCGACGACGCGAUCAGAGAUGUAGCACUGGAUGCUCUCAUGGAUUUCGUGAAGCUGGGAAAGGACGGGAAGUUCCAGUCCGCAAUUUAUCAUAAGUUUCUCCACGCUGUCGUUCAUGCUUCUGAUUCAGUUGAUCCUUUGUUAGAGUUGCUUGGAUCGAAGUACUUCAAAUACACUGAUGUUUGUUACUUUACCUACACUAGUGUAGACAAGAUCGCCAACAGUCUGGGGAGUAAAACCACUGACUCUGGAAAAGAUGCCUUGCAGAAUGGAAGCAAUGGAUGUGCCAUUUUUAUACACAACAUAUACAAUCUCUUGGCUCAUGUACCUGUGAUGGAUUAUCAAAAGGAAUCAACAUUUGAAAUGUGGAGUGCUGUUGGCCUGUCUCCUAAAAGAGAAAAAGACUGUUCUAAGGACUCUUCUUCUACUGUGUACAUCAAGAAAAAAAUAAAAUUGAAGUUCACCAAAGCAUGGCUAUCCUUUCUCAAGUUACCACUACCACUUGAUGUCUACAAGGAGGUCCUUGCUUCAAUUCAUCAAAAUGUCAUUCCAUCAAUGUCGAACCCUGCCAUCUUAUGUGAUUUCUUGACUAGAUCUUACGACAUUGGUGCUGUAAUCAGUGUGAUGGCCUUAAGUGGCCUUUUCAUACUUAUGACACAACACGGUCUGGAAUAUCCAAAAUUCUAUGAAAAGCUUUAUGCACUACUUACUCCUGCUGUUUUUAUGGCAAAACACCGGUCAGUGUUUUUGCAACUUCUCGACACAUGCCUGAAAUCUUCUUAUCUUCCUGCAUAUCUUGCUGCUGCAUUUGCAAAAAGAUUGAGCAGACUUGCUCUUUCAGUUCCACCAGCAGGAGCUCUUAUUAUUAUCGCUUUAAUUCAUAAUGUGCUGCGGAGACACCCCUCAGUUAAUUUUUUGGUCCAUUGGGAAGUGGAUGAAAAUGACAGCAAUGCUGGAGGAGAAGCUAGUCAGCCUAAGAAGAUUGGUGCUGAUCCUUUUAACAAUGAUGAGGCAGACCCUGCAAAGUCUGGUGCAAUGCGAAGUUCUUUGUGGGAAAUAGACACUCUCCGACAUCAUUACUCUCCUGCAGUUUCUAGAUUUGUCACCUCACUUGAGGAGGAUCUCACUGUCCGGGCCAAAACUACUGAGAUGAAAAUAACAGACUUUAGUUCAGGCUCUUAUGCAACAGUUUUCAGGGAUGAGGUACGGCGACGGAUAAAACAGGUCCCCCUUGCAUUCUACAGAACCACACCAACUUCGUUAUUUCAAGGAUCAGAUUUUCCUGGAUGGACCUUUGGGGACCAAUCCAAUAGCACCGUAGACACUACUGUAGAAGGCAAUGAAACAAUCGAGACGGUAGGGGCUACGGACAGCACACCUUCCAAAAGGUUGCGGGUGGAGGCCUGAAGUGGGGACCCUGAGCGACCUUCGAUUAGUCAGUUGUCUUGUUGGAGUACCUUUGGAUUGUGGUGUGGUUCCUACUUGUUUGGUUUCCUAACGUUAUCUCAAGGAAUCUUUGAGUGUUGUAGCAUAAAUUUUGAACUGAAAGGGAAAUUAUUUCUUAUUGCAACUAAUGUAAGAUGUAAGUUUGAUUGCCAAUUAUAUAGAGUAAAUGUCAUUAUUCUGCU